AUGUCACGGAUUGUCAGAACUGGCUCUCAAUUAUCUACUUCAACCUCAAGCUCUAUCGAUAGCUCAUCUCACAAUCACAUCCUCUCCUCCUUCCACUCAAUCCAGAACCUGUCAUCGUGGCUCAAUACCACCUGGCUACCCCACAACCACCGCCACGAGCGCAUUGCCACGGCUACCAUUUCUACGGGCAUGGCGGUUCUGACCAGGGAGAUGAUGGAGAUGCAUAUUCAGCAGGCGCCGGAUAUGCGUGGCAUGCUGGAUUGCUUGCCCGUGGCUGAUAAGUCAGGCAAUGGUUUUGUUGGGUGGAGACAAAAGCUUGGGACGUGGCCAACAGUGUAA